UACUCUCUCAAGAGUACAGCUAUUUUCAUUACUCCUAACUCCCUCCCUUCCCUUCUCUUUUGGUUUAGUCCCUCAUUCAUGGCUUCUCCGUGUCCUCUUACAUUUUCUCACUUCCGUCCCUAAUUCCUUAACAACCCAUUGUUUUAACCUCUUUUCCACUUUUAGUGUUUUUCUUGUCUAUGUUGUGUUGUAACCGUUUGUUUCAUUAAAGGAAAGAAGACAUGAACGCUGGGGUGUCCCUCAAGUACAGUUUCACCAUGUUCCUGCUUGAAUUGUUCAUGUUUUUCGCCUGCUUCCAUGAAUGUUUAUCCAGCCCACCAGAUCAUCGUAAUGGUUAUAUGUUAACAGACGGGACGACGGAUGCUUUCUUACCUAACAUUACUCCAACCGCAGCUCCUCAGCCAUUUCUUCCUCUGCUUGCACCUUCUCCACUGUCACCCUUCACAACUAGUACUUCUCCUAAAUUAUCAGGACUUUGUAUGUUAAAUUUCACUGCUGCUCAAAGCUUGAUAAGCGUCACCUCGAUUGAUUGUUGGGCUGCAUUUGUUCCAUUGUUGGCAAAUGUAAUAUGUUGUCCGCAGCUACGUGCUACUCUUGUGAUUCUUGUUGGUCAAUCAAGUAAAGAGACUGGCGUUCUCGCUCUAAACAGAACCCUUGCCAAGCCUUGCCUCUCGGCUAUUGAGAAUGUCCUGACAGGACAGGGCGCUGGUGAGAAUCUCAAGCACAUUUGCUCGAUUCAUCCAUCAAACCUUACUGAAGCAUCUUGCCCUGUGAAAGACGUCGACGAAUUCGAGGACACCAUAGACACUUCUGAGCUUUUUGCUUCAUGUGAAAAGAUCGAUCCCGUGAAAGAAUGUUGUGACCAAGUUUGCCAAAGUGCCAUAUCGGAUGCUGCAACAAGACUUGCACUGAAAGCUUCUGAUCCUCUGAGCAUGGAUGGGCCCCAUGUUUUACCCGAGCAUUCGACAAGGGUAAACGACUGUAAAACUGUCGUCCUUCGGUGGUUGGCAAGUAAACUCGACCCUUAUCAUGCAAAAGAAGUUCUCAGAGGACUAACCAAUUGCAAUGUCAAUAAAGUUUGCCCUCUCGUUUUCCCGAACAUGAAGCACGUGACAAACAGCUGUGGAAAUGGGAUAAGCGACCAGGCGGCUUGUUGUGAUGCUAUGAAUAGCUACGUUUCUCACUUGCAAAAGCAGACCCUGAUCACCAACUUACAAGCAUUGGAUUGUGCUACGUCGCUCGGGUUGAAGCUCCAGAAAUACAAUAUCACUAAAGAUGUUUAUAGCCUAUGUCAUAUAUGCCUCAAGGAUUUCUCCCUUCAAGUUGGAAGCCAGGCAUCCGGAUGCCUCUUGCCAAGCUUACCCUCUGACGCAACGUUGGACAAGUUUUCCGGGAUCAGUUUCAUUUGCGAUCUGAACGAUAAUAUUCCCGCUCAAUGGCCCUCUAUGUCACUACUACCAGCUUCAUCAUGCAAUAAAACUGUAAGAAUUCCUGCACUACCAGCAGCAACAAAUGCUCAAAAUGGUCUUCACACUGGAUAUGCUGCGGUUUUUCUCCUCGUCGCAUCUUUGAUGGCCGUAACGAAGCUCUUACAAAUAUAGUUCGAGGGUAGCCUAAUUCGAUCUUUUCCGAGAUCCCCAUCAUGCAUACAAAGCUGAAGAUAACUGGAAGCAAGUCUUGAAAGAAAAGGUUGUAUGCUAUGAUACUGACAUAACUCUUGGUUUAUUAAAAAGAUUAAGCAGAGACCAGAGGUGGAUUGAAGUUGAUGCGUCUGAUCAUAUUUAAUUCACGAUUCUUGCAGGGUUUUGUGUAACAAUAUGUUGUAAAGUAAAUAACAUGGGAGAGAAGACAGACAGAUAUGCUGUUUUGUCUUGUAUCUAUGUGUGUAUUCUCAAGUAUAACAUGUAAAUUUUGAUUGGUA